CAAAUACGAGGGCCGUAUGCCUUUGUCUUCUACGACCGUGCAGACGGGUACGUCUAUUACGGCAGAGAUUGCCUUGGGCGACGUUCGCUGUUGAGGAAGACCGCAGCAGACGGUUCACUCGCCUUGUCCAGUGUGUGCGACAACUCUUCCGGUGACGGAUGGGCCGAAGUAGAGGCAGAUGGCAUCUACAUCAUCAAUCUCAAAGAUGCCGCGAGCCUGUUCAGCACAACGCGUGUUCCUCACACUCGCUUAGGCGAAGCAUCGAGCUCUACCCUCUCACUUGUAGGUAAGUGCGGCACUUUUAGACGCCUGCUAACGUCGCCAGAAACUACCCUUCCCACCCAUGAACCGCGAGGGCCUCGCUGGCCUCGAGCCAAACCAUCAGAAGGUGUCGGACUUGGGACAGUCACUGCGACGAUCCCUGGCACUUCGCACACAGCAUGUCCGGGAAGCUUUCGAACCAUCGCCAGCAUCAGCACAUGAAAGGUCAGAUCACGCCGCUAAGAUUGCCAUCCUAUUCUCCGGAGGCAUCGACUGCACGAUCCUCGCAAGGCUGUGUCACGACCUCCUCCCUCUUGACGAAGGCAUCGACCUACUCAACGUUGCCUUCGAGAAUCCCCGGAUCCACAGCAAUUUGGAACCCGGCACAAGCCCCUACGAGCUCUGCCCAGACCGCAUCACAGGUCACGCCUCGCACGCUGAGCUGCAACGGGUGUGCCCAAAUCGGCAGUGGCGCUUCAUCGCGGUCAACGUGCCCUACACAGAAACCGUCGCUCAUCGCACAGCAGUGAUGACCCUCAUGCACCCACACAACACCGAAAUGGACCUCUCCAUCUCCUACGCCCUGUACUUCGCCUCGCGCGGCGUUGGCAUUGCAUCCUCUCCCUCCUCUGGAAGUGUAUCACACCCAUACACAACACCCGCACGUGUCCUCCUCUCCGGACUCGGUGCUGACGAACUCUUCGGCGGGUACCAGCGCCACGCGACCGCUUUCUCGCGUCAGGGCUAUCCAGGGCUACUAGAUGAGCUACAGCUCGAUUUCGAGCGCCUCGGCAAACGAAACUUAGGCCGCGACGACCGCGUGAUCAGCAACAGCGGGCGCGAAGUCCGAUUCCCUUUCCUCGAUGAAGAGUUCAUCGCCAUGGCGCUCCGGCUAUCGGUCGCGGAGAAGUGCGACUUUGGAUGUCAAGAGUACAGGCCUGAAGCUGACGGGCCUGACGGGGACGUCACGGUCGAGCCCGCGAAGCGCAUUUUGCGGUGUCUGGCGUGGGAGCUGGGGAUGAAGCGAGUGGCGGUCGAGAAAAAGCGGGCGAUUCAGUUCGGUGCCCGGACGGCGAAGAUGGAGACUGGGAAGACGAAGGGCACGCAUGUUCUGACAUGAUACGAGUAAGUCGAUUCUUUCAGUUUCCUCGCUUGUCGGCGAUGAUUAGUGAGCUUCCAAACGCGCAAGAUACCAGCUCCUUCCUCAGGCAUGCUCACUUCGGUGGCAUGUCACACACGGGUUCUUGGUGUCGGUGGCACUACGAAUGUAGUAAAAGGCAAGUCUGAGCCAGACUUCAUACACAUUACUCUAUCACUUCUGGGCAAAGCCACAGACUGACGCACUCAACACAGAAGUCGAACAAGCGGCGGCGCACACCAGCCGCACAUCCGCUGUCAAAGCAAGAGCAACGCAAC